CUUCGUCUUCUUCGUUGAAUCAUAACAGUUUCAUUCACGAGAUGAUGCAUCCAUCGGUGCCCUUUGAGUUGAGCAGGUAGGAAACGACGAAUCUGACAUCAAGGCUUUGAUUGCCUGAAAAUCUGAUAUGAGAUACAUAAGUUUCAAAAAAGGUGUGUGAUCAUUGGGUUUUGGUAAGGAAUCAUGCCCAACAGAACGUCCACUUGGAACCUGGUUAUUCAAUUGACAUUGUUAGCUGGAGUUGGAUUGUUUACGCAAGCUUGUUCGACACUCAAUGAGAAAUAUGUUGCUGCUGCUUAUUUUGAGAAACAUAAUAGCCUGAUUGAUUCCGAUUUCAAAGACUUCAUUUUGAAAGAACUUCCACUUGACAAUUGUGGAAUCCACGAAGAUAGAGUUAAUGCAGUGGUGGUAAAACUGUCAGCUUUGGAGAGAGAUCUAAUUGGCGAAGGCUCUCACCGCCAAUUAUCUUCAUCUAUCCAUCUCGAUAUUCAGCUAACCAAACAAAUAAAACAGUUUUGGGAGAUAAUAGUCUUAGAAAGACUCCCAUCUGGAAUUUUCGCAGAUCCAUUUGAGCUUCAACACCUUCUCUCACGUGGCGAAUUUACAGACCUAGCUGUUUUUGGAGACACAAAUCUAGAGUUGCCUUCAGUAGCCUCGAAUCGAUCUCUUGUUGAGUUACACAUAGAAGUUGACCAUAAUGUUUCAUCGAAUAAUAAGCUUGAAGUCAGCAUCAAACUUCCAUUACAUGCACGUUAUGCGCCUCUAGUUGAGGAGGAUGUUGGGUUUUCGAGGAUUGAGUUUAACGCACCUGAUGUAAUCAUUCGUACGAAAGCAGUUAAAGGAGAUUCGGAUGAUCGGAGCUGCUUUUAUUCAUUGACAGGCAGUAAUCAUGAACUCGAAUCUCAUACUGUUGUUGCCUGGGAUGUGCCAAGCGGGAUCAAGUCACAUACUUCAUUUGUAUCACUUUUGACGUUCAUAGCAGCUGUUGUAUCUGCUUUUAUUAUUGUUUUAACUUCCAUUUGUUAUUAACAUUUAUGAAACCUUUCUUCUUUUUCCCAAUUUAAAUAUUGCCCUUGUUCCUAAGGGUGGUU